AUGCGGACGGGAGGGCGCCGAACCAAAGCGUCCGGAAAGUAUCCGCUCGAUCUGAGGGAGGAUAAUGCGAGGAGACGAAAGCCGGUGGAUGACAUCACCGAGGAAUACUACAGUGACGUCAGGUGCCAGCAGUGCCGCUCCGGCGAUCGAGACGGCGAGCUGCUCCUCUGCGAUCGGUGCGAUCUGGGGUUUCACAUGUCCUGCCUCCGUCCUAUCGUCGUUAGGGUUCCGUCUGGUCCCUGGCUCUGCCCUAGCUGCAAUGAGGAGAAACCGAAGAAAAGGUUUCCGUUAAUGCAGAAGAAGAUUUUGGACUUUUUUCGGAUUCAGAAAUGUAGCGGUGAGAUCAGUGAGAUGGCGGAGGGGAAAUGGGUGUCCUCCUCCCAAGAUUGUAAGAAGCGUAGGAGGCGUUCUAUGCCUUUAGCUAUGUACAAGAGGAGGAGAAGAAUAUUGCCAUACAUUCCAACUAGAGACCCACGUCGAAGACUUGAACAGAUGGGUACUCUUGCGACAGCAUUGACAGCGCUGAAUAUGAAGUUCAGCAAUGAUUUAACUUAUAUGCCGGGAAUGGCUCCUAAAUCUGCUAACCAAGCAAUUUUAGAGAAGGGAGGAAUGCAGGUCCUUGCAAGAGAAGAUAAAGAAACAUUAGAUCUUUGCAGAAUCAUGUACAAAAGAGGAGAAUGCCCCCCUCUCAUAGUCGUUUUUGAUUCGCUUGAAGGUUAUACCGUACAGGCUGAUGGAGACAUAAAAGACAUGACUUUCAUCACUGAGUACACUGGUGAUGUUGAUUACUUAAGAAAUCGGGAACACGAUGAUUGUGACAGCAUGAUGACCCUUCUGCUUACAGAAAACCCAUCAAAUAAUCUACUGAUAUGUCCAGAUAAACGUGGGAACAUCGCACGCUUCAUCAAUGGAAUUAACAACCAUUCUCCGGAGGGUAGGAAGAAGCAGAACCUAAAAUGUGUCAGGUAUAAUGUAGAUGGUGAAUGUCGUGUUUUACUGGUUACUUGUCGUGAUAUAUCUCCCGGAGAGAGGCUAUAUUAUGAUUACAAUGGAUAUGAGCAGGAAUACCCCACUGAGCAUUUUGUCUGAGAUUCUCAGAAGCUACAGUAGCCCAUUCAUCUAACUGUUCUUUGGGGAAUAUAGAUCUGGGCCUGAGGGGGUCAAUUUUGACAUAGGAUUUUAUUGGUUCUUCCUAAGUAAAGAACUCUAACCUUGUUGUUUGCUGUGUUUAAUUUUCAUCUCAUGUAGUGGCCCAUCUAGUUAAGUGAGGGGUCAGAAGCAUAGUUUCAACAUUUAGUUAUUGAAGAUUUUCCUUCAUUUAUCAUAAGAAAUUCUUAAAUGUACUUUUAAUGUCAGGAGUAAUUUAUUAUGUCAAUUUUAACAUAGAAAGUUUUUA